UGUGGCAGAAUUCGGUAAACUAAAAUAUGUGCAUGUGUCUAUUGACACAUUCUCUAGAAUGAUUGUGGUCACCGCGCAUCCUGGAGAAAGGAGUAGCCAUGUCAAGAAACACUUCCUGUCUGCUUUCGCAAGGAUGGGAGUUCCCAAACAAAUAAAAACAGACAAUGGACCCUCCUAUGUGUCUGCAGACACGAAGAAGUUUCUUGAACAAUGGGGGAUACAACAUAUCACUGGAAUCCCUCACAAUCCCACGGGACAGGGUAUAGUGGAGAGAGCACACCAAAAUGUCAAAAAUUUACUAAAAAAACAAAAAAGGGGGAGUAUUGGCUUGUCCCCUCAAGAAAGAUUGGAAAAAGUAAUGUAUGUCUUAAAUUUUUUGAAUAUAAUGGAAGAAACGGACACUCACUUAAACAAAAGUCCUGUUGACCGACAUUUUAGAACCGUUUCUCCAACUUCGUCAGAAUAUAAAGCAAAAAUAAUGUACAAAGAUCCUUUAACAGAAAGAUGGACGGGCCCUUUCCCCUUAAUCACCUGGGGAAAGGGCUACGUGUGUAUUGCAGGCUCCGAAGGACCAAAGUGGGUCCCUGCUCGGCGGAUUAAGAUCGCCCAAAGUUAAAGAAGAAGAACACGGAAAGAAGAUCUCCAUGCUGCCGCUUCACUAUCUCCUCCUGAUCUUCAUAGCCAUCGGGUUCGUCCCUCCUCGCGACACGAUACCCCUGUGGGAGUGGAUGAACCAACCCGACGAGAACUUGUGGGUAACGCUGGCCAAGGCCACAGGCACGGGCACCUUGUGCCUGUCCUUGGCCAGUGCUGGAAGCCCCUUCCGUACAUGCCUCGUGGGGAUCCCCAUCACCCCCGCGGAAUGGAGCUCUUUCGUGUCUCAGACACGGAAUAAGGGAGCCGGCCCACUCAACUCCCCCAAUUUGGCUCAGACGAUUGCAGCACUUAAUUUUAUUGACAUUCCGUUCCAAGAGAUUGAUUUAUUAGGCUCAAUACCCACCGUUGCUUGUAUUAUUUUUCAUCGUUAUACCCAACCCCUCUUAUUUACUCCCUACAAUGUGACUGCCAACAAGCCGCUUUACCGUGGGACCUCUUCGCCGUGGUGCAAUAAUUCAAUUGCGACCACUAUCCCGACGGAGCAUGUUCCUCGGAACAUGAAGUUUCCGAAGGGAUAUUUCCUAUUGUGCGGAGAUCGGGCAUGGCCAGGUAUUAGGGCCUACCCUGAGGGAGGACCGUGCACAGUAGGAAAGUUAGCCUUAUUCAACCCGGCGAAGUUUGAAUUGGACAAUAAGGUCGUAAUUGCGAAAAAUCAACAUAAAAGGUCCCUUCGGGAAAAGUGGAGUUGGUUUCCUAACAUCCAAAAAGAGACAGAGCAAUGGAGACUCCCUAAACCCCAGCCUGCCCCAAAACCAGUCUCCAGACCUGUCCAAACUCCAAAGGUUUCCCAAAUCCCAAAAAUCUCCCCCCAACAAUUUGGCUCAAAAACUGUAUAUGUCCCACCACCACCACAUGUGAGUGUUGGAGAGCCACACAACUGGCCCACACCUCUGCCCUUCCCAGAGGACUGUGACUCUAAUAUUCACAUCUGGUCGAGGGUCAAGAACUUUUGGGCGUCCUUCCCUAUCCCUGGGAUAGGAACCGCACACGCUCUUUCUCUCCUAACGCACCUAGGAUGCUGGUUGACUAAGGAGGCGAACGCUACCACCAGAGCGAUUGAGGGUCUGCUGGAGGACACCCAAAAGUUGAAAGAGGUUAGUUUACAGAAUCGAGCAGCCAUUGACUUCCUUCUCUUAGCACACGGCCACGGGUGCCAAGAAUUUGAAGGAAUGUGUUGCAUGAAUUUCUCUGACCAUGCCGAGUCAAUCCAUCAGAGUAUCAACCAGCUAAAAGGUCUGGUCAGAGAAAUUCACCAAGAUAAAAGUAAAGGCCUCGAUAACCUCUUUGAUUGGCUUCAACUACCAAAUUUUCCUAACUGGUCUAAAAAACUCAUAAUGUUAAGCCUUUUAUUUCUUUUCGGUUUCGUUUCUAUUUGUGCUAUUUUGCCAUGUUUGAUUUUGUGUUUACGGAAACUGCUGCUGAGCACGAUCGAAGCUAACAUCGCUGCUGCUCAAUCAAACAAAGAAGGGGGAGAUGUUGAGGAACAUCGAACCGAGUGGGAAGAGCUCCAGGCAUGGAGGAGGAUUUAUAACCCAGAAUAAGACUCUCCACACGUAAAAAGGAUACUAUUUCACUGGACUUUUCACUACUUUA